CUUGCGCUGGGUGACCGACGAGUUGCUGCGUUUCCGUUAUCAUUUAUAAUUCCGCACUUUCACCGUAUUUUCAUUAUUUAUUAAUUUUAUAAAUAUUCGGGUCGUAUUAAGUUCAGUGUAAAUUAAAAUAAUUUAUACCUAAACUGUGUGUUUACGAAGUGGACAUAACAUUAAUUUUUUUGCUGAACUGUCUGGUUUUUAUGUGCAAAUUUUCACCCUUUUUUGGCACAAGGUAUUUGAAAGCCAAUAUCGAAGAAUUAUAAAGAUGACCUCCGCUCAGAUGAACAAGCAACUUGAACGCUCGUAAGGAAAAUGGGCCACUUCCAUAGAGCACCGUCCUUACAUUACAUACACCAGGCCUCAGGAACGGGUUGGGUGCCUAUGCGUUGAUGGGAGGCGCGGGUGGCGGAGGCCGGGCGGCGCGUGCGCUGCGCCUGCUACUACUUCUGGUGCUGGCCCUCGCCGCCGUUGAGUAUCUCUUUGGCUCCAUACUUGACGCCUCGCCGCUUAGGACCUAUCUAUACACACCCGUGUACAACGCUACACAGUCUACGAUCAAAGCCAACGAAAGACAGCCUUGGCCUAAAAUACCUCUGCAAAACUCAACUCACAAUACUCCUAUAAAUAAUACUUUAAGCCAGAACAAUACCCUGAAUAUGACUCGACGAAAUGAGACUGAGCUGAGCACACCAAUUUUACUCACUAAAAUAAUGGAGGGUAUAAAAAAUUUUGUGACUACCGAAGGCGGGGUAAAGGUCAGUGAACCCGCGAUGCCUCUGUGUGAUGCGAUGCCUCCAGACUUAGGCCCUGUUACCGUGAACAAAACGGAGAUUGAGCUGGAGUGGGUGGAGAAGAAAUAUCCUCAAGUACAUAGAGGGGGACGCUACUCACCACCCAACUGCACGGCCAGGCAUAAGGUGGCUAUCAUUGUGCCAUACAGGGAUCGCCAACAACAUUUGGCGAUUUUCCUGAACCACAUGCAUCCUUUUUUAAUGAAACAACAAAUUGAGUAUGGAAUUUUCAUCGUCGAACAAGAAGGUUCAAGUGACUUCAACCGUGCAAAACUGAUGAAUGUAGGUUUCGCCGAGAGUCAAAAGCAGAAAGCUGGAGGCUGGCAAUGUUUCAUCUUUCACGAUAUCGAUUUGUUGCCUCUAGACUCAAGAAACCUAUACUCAUGUCCUAAACAGCCGAGACACAUGUCCGCUUCUAUAGAUAAACUACAUUUUAAGUUGCCAUACGAAGAUAUAUUCGGCGGUGUGUCUGCAAUGACCUUGGAACAGUUUACCAAGGUCAACGGCUUCUCAAAUAAAUACUGGGGAUGGGGUGGCGAAGAUGACGACAUGUUCUACAGGAUUAAGAAGAUGAACUACCACAUAGCGAGGUACAAGAUGUCAAUAGCUCGUUAUGCGAUGCUGGAUCAUAAGAAAUCUGCACCAAAUCCUAAGAGGUACCAACUGUUAUCGCAGACAAGCAAAACAUUCCAAAAAGACGGUUUAUCGACUUUAGAAUAUGAUGUAGUUCAGGUAGUACAACAUCAUCUAUAUACACACGUUUUAGCCAAUGUAGACGAACGUAGCUGACGAACAUAUUUCGCCAAGCUUCUGUUUGGCGAUUCACGGUAACGCCUGUCAAAGAUAUUUCCUAAACACGCGGGAACAUUACAUACGAAAUAGUCCACAACAGCAAGUGAAACCAAACAUUUUUAGUUCUCUACGCAAAAUCUUUAGCUGUCUCAGUUAAAUGUCUUGUCUCGCUUUUUUACAUGUCAUUAAGAUGUACAUAGUCGAUUAAAUGUGUUUACGUGAUACUUUAGUCUAUUCGAAAGAUAUCAGUGGAGCACUGCACAAUACAAAUAUAUAAUGUAGCGAUUUACUUAUUGCUAAGGGCACUGCUGGAAGGUAAUGUCCUUCAUUAUGUAAACACAUUUAUUCAACGAACUGUUCAUAGUAUUGGCAGUAAACCAUUUAUAGAUGUGUCGGACACGUAACUUGGCAAGAAUUUGUGCGCAAGCAGAUGCAACGUUACAAAACGUGUCUAAAACCCCAAUCCGUGGAUUUUCAUAGCCAGGCAUUUAUGAAAACUCAAUCAUUCUAAAACUGCGCAUGAGUCCUGCCAAUUCAAGUGUCAGGUACUCAUCAUCAUUGUGAUUUAUAUGUAAAAAUGUAGUCCAGGAAACUAAAUGAAUGUUAUGAUUCUCAUUUGUUUUGGAAAUAUGACCAAAUUGUUUUUGUAUUGUAAAUGCUUAGAUAGAAUUGUUAACUACAUAUUGCUGGAAACGACGAAUUGUAUCCUUUGGCGUAUAAACCGUUCGAAUGUGAAAACGGUGGACUUCUCAUUAUCAAUAGAAUAGAUAUCAUAUAACGCCCAUUUUAUACUUAAAUGUGUUAAAAGGCCUACACUGUGUAUCUUCGAUAUUUUUGGUUUAAGUUGGGUUCAAGAUACAGGAGCUUUUAUUGACAUCUGGAAGUACUCUUAAUACUAGUGAUAGUAAUAUUACUAGAUCUACCGCCCCUGAGGAUAGUUCAGACCCUGCCUGGGCAAUGAACUUACUAUGUGCGCUUUUAACACUCGCUCGGUGAAGAAAAGUAUGAGGAAAUCGGCAUGCUUUAAAAACAAAGGUCGACGGCGUGUGUCAAGCACAGAAGGCUUAUAAUUGUUUAUUAGAAAUACAAAUCACGAAACAGGUACAUAAAUGUGAAGCCCAGAGCUAAAAUGAUACAUUACAAUUUAGUUUUUAGGUACGUAAGACAAGGUCCAUUUAAUAUGAGUUUUUCUAAGCGUUCAUUCAAUUUAACGUUUCUGUUAUAAAAAUCCUUAUAACAAAAGUUGAACAUUUGUUGAAUACAUAGGAAAGAAAGAAAUAAAUAAAAAGGGAACAGAAAGAGACUUCACUAGCUCCCACACUAUGAUUCCAUGGGCAAUUCUCUUCCUUUGGACAUAUUAAUGACUAAAUAAAUUCUGUAUAACAUUUGUGUUUUAUAAUUAAACAACUGUUGCACAAGUAGAAUACUAUGCCUUUCAGCAUAGGACAAGUUGAGAUGCUCCUUAAGAUUGUUAGUGAAUGUGUACAGUUUUAAAUCGAUAAUGAAAAUUUGUUUUUAAUAAAGUGGUUGAAACGGCGUCUUAAAAAGUAACUUUGGGUAAAACAUUAUUUGGGUAGGUUUGCGUUGCGUUGUGGCCGGUGCCACAAUUGUAUGCCAUCUCCAGUAUAAAAGCUACUCUCCAGAUCUUAAAAUCCCUGUUUAUUUAUAUUACUGAGAAAAUCAUAGUUACCAUUGAUAAUAAGAAUCUCAAUAAAAUAUUUAAACUAAUUAGUGGUCAAAAACAAAUGGUAGACGGAUAUCUUUAAGUCUACGUAAGUAUUAUUAGAAUCUCGCGUUUCGUUUAAAAUAAAUUUAUUUAAAACGGAUUCGACGUUUUCGCCGUCCUUAACUUAAUGUACUUACUUCAAAUCCAUGAAAUAAAUAUCGAAGAUUACACUUAUAAAUAGAUAUAGUUGUUGUAACUUAGGUGUUUUAGGGUGAGAUUCAAAGUCGACGCUUAAUUAAGACUCCCGUGAUGCGUUGAAACUGGAGUCCUACUUAGCUGGACUUGAAUCCUUGAAUAUGUAAGGAAAUAUACUCUAUAUCAUUUUUACUAGCUUGUUGAUUUAUUUCGAGGUUUUUGGACAAUAACACAUCUUAUUUAUAUGUUUCUCGUUAAAUAUUAUGAAAUUGAAACUAACUAAUAGCUAGAGUUAUUUUUAGCUUUUUAUUGGAUCUGUAAUUAAUUUGGGUUUUAACUCCCGAUUAUAAUGAAUAAAUAUUUGGCCUAAUAUUUUAUUGGUUUAAACAAUUUUUGCUACUAUUUUUCCCGCAACUUGUGUAAUAUUUUAAUGUUAAUCUGUGUUUACCGUAUGGUUACGGCACUGUAAAAUUUCAAUACACAAAUAAUGAAUUCGACAUGAUUUCACAUAUGCCGCAAAGCAACCGAUGUUAAACAAACAACAAACGAUUUUCGCUAAACUUAUUUAUUGGAAUUAUCUUCUUGACUAUAAGAAGAUAAUUCCAAUAAAGUCUUUGGUUUUGAUAUAUUUUACAGAGUAGCCCUACCGGAACUAACCAAAAAAUUAUUUUAACAUAUUUAUUAUAUUUGUUACUAUAAUAUCUCAUUUUACCUGUGAACUAUAAAAAAAUGUAAGAGUUUUUAAACGCGUACUUAUUUGUAAAUAGCUUUUCUAGUUUAUAAGACAAUUAAGGGUAGCAGGUCGAGACUAAGCGUUAAAUCUGACACCCGUAGGUCAAGUUUGACAUAUGUCAUAUUCAAUGGUGUGUCAAGAGUCAGAAUCAGAAAGGAGUGCUGUCCUGUAUGUCAAACGUGGGCCGCGCUUUUUCGUUUCUGUAUCUUAUAGUGUCUCGUCUCUGAAUAUCUACCUAACAAUUAAUCUGUAACAGCUUAUUUUAUAACCCAGUUGUGAUAUGUGAGAUUUAGAAUAGUAUUAUUUUUUGUUGGCAGCGAAAAGUCAAUUAUCGUAAAUCUAAUGUAUAAGAUUUUUUUGUAAAAGUAAUGUUACAUCUACAAGUUUUCGUCUAUGAAUAAUAAACACCAAUAAUAACAAACAUUCUCCUUCACUUCGUCUAGUAAAGCUUCAUCAAAGCUGUUGAUCUCCGUACAUAUCUCCCACCUCUUGGUGAUUUUCGUUCUAAAAUAUUCUCCAUAGUCAUCGAUCACAGUACAGUAGAAAAUAUGGAGCCUGAUGGUAUAGUUUUGUCAUGCGGUCUAGCUGAUAAGCUGAACUCAUGAAGUUAUUUAAGCAAUCUCUGUUAAUCUCAAAAAUACAACAUAGCUUUAUUUUAGCUAUUCUAGACUUAAAGCUUAAAUCAACCCUUGUGAUAUGCAUAUUAGAAUCUAAUAAUGAGGAGUAGCGGAGACUUUCUUGCCAGUUCUUCUUGCCGGCUCUACGCCCUUGACUUGCGAACUGAACUGCCAAAAGUGAAAGUUUUUUUUUGAGUUUGAGUUAUAUAUGAGCACUGCUAAUUGUAAUGAAUUUUACCCGUUAAAGCGCGAGAUAUAUUUUUGAAAUUAUUAUACCUAAGUUCCAUAAGCUUCUAAUUCGAUGUUGUUCUACAGAUAUACAAUCAAAUUUAUUAUUGAUAAAUUCAAUGCAAAUCUAGAUAGAUUUUAAUGAAAUUACUAAUACCUUUAAAGACUUUUAUAGAACUCAGUUACUGAGUAGCAUGUGUCAUAAAGAUUUGAUAUUAUGUGCGCGCGUUAUACUAGCGUGACGAGUGCCUAAAUCGUUGAAGAUACGCCCCGAGAGUAUAGGUAGACGUAGGCACCCUCUUCAAGGGUUACAUAGCAAUUAACAUUUAUCUCAAUAAAAUCUUCUCUAGCAUCCCAAUGACUCAGGAAAGAUACAAUAUCACUCAUACUAGGGGCUUCGAGUAAGAUUUAGAAACGAGGUUACUUGUCAAGACUCGGAAAUUCACCGAAAAGUUAUUGAGCUGUUUGAUACCUGUGUGUAACGAAUUGUAGAUAUAGCAUUAUUUUUUAUUAAUUGUUUAACGCAAUCGAACAAGAUCUAAAUAGAAAAUCGAAUCCACUUAUUUCUGUGCAUUUCUGUAUUCUUAAAUAUAUUAUUUGUUUGAA